AUGCAGUCUCCACUAGUCACGGUGUUCACAACCGCCUUAGCGGCGUUUGCUAUUCUCGCUUCAGCAAAAGAUAGCCAACCUAUCAAUCCCGUUCAUGAUCGUCCUGCAACUCCCACCAUCACUCGUGAUGUGGUUAUAAUCGGCGGCGGCACCACUGGUAGCUUUGCAGCCUCCUGGUUGAAAGACAAUGGCUAUUCCUACGUCCUGGUUGAGAAGCGAGGAAAUCUCGGUGGUCAUAGCCAGACUUACAUUAGUCCAUCCACGGGACACGCCAUCGAGUACGGAAACGUAUUUUUCGAAGAUACAGACACAAUGCGGAAAUAUCUUAACCGCUACCAUGUUCCCUUCAAACAGGUACCGCCCGUUAAUGAUCCUAACCAUGCCAUUCAGUUUUACAAUCUGCGAACUGGGAAACAAGCGAACUUCCAGCCCCCGAAUCCGGUCAUUGUAGAGGAUGCAUUGGACAGAUGGACCUCGUUCUUGGCCAAGCACUUCUCAUUCCUGGAAGACGGUUACUACCUCCCCGACCCCGUCCCAGCUGAUCUGCUUCUCCCUUUCAACAAGUUUGUCGAAAAGUACGACUUGAAUGACAUGCUCAACAUCGCAUUCCAAGUCGGACAAGGAUUUGGUGACUUCCUCAGCGUGCCUACGCUAUACGCCGCCAAGAUUCUAAGCCGCUCUUUGAUUCAACAGUUCAAAAGUCAGUCCAUGCUGGUGACACAAAACAACGGAAAGCUCUACGAACGCGCCAAGGCCGAGUUCGCCAGAGAAGAAAGCCUUCUUCUCUCCUCCACUGUCGUUCACGUCGAUCGUAGCGUGAACGACGAUGGCUACAUGUCAGUGCUCGUCCAAACCAAAAAGGGUGGUGAUACAGCAACAACCCGAGUCCGCGCGCGGCAACUCCUGGUAACCAUUCCACCAAAGGAGGCUCUGGGCUCCGAGUUCUCGCUCGAGGAGAAGGAGAAAACACUCUUCUCCAAGUUUGCUUGCAACUAUUAUUGGGCAGGUGUGCUACGCAAUGCCCAACUGCCUGCUCUCGAGAUACAAAACUGUGACCCUGGCAACCCCGGCGGUGUGCCCACGCUUCCCGGAAUGUACGUUUUCGAAGCCACCGCCAGUCCUGAGAUUCACACGUUCUGGUAUGGCGCCCCCACCGGCGCUGCUAACCAGACCGAAGAGGGCGUCAAGGCGGAUGUCCUGGCGACGAUUCAGAGACUGCGUGGUGCGAAUGGGGCUUCUCAACAGGACAUUGAGAUUGCCGAAAGUGAGAUAGAGUUUCUGGCCUUGGGCGACUUCAAUCCAUUUGCUUGCAUGGUCGACGCCACAUCCAUCGAGGGCGGAUUUUAUCGCCACUUAUACAAUCUGCAGGGCUUUAAGAAUACCUGGUGGACCGGAGCCGCCUGGCACACGCACGACGCUAGUCUGCUGCUGGACUUUACCCAGGAGGUCCUAAAGAAUAUGACCAGAAGCCUUACUGAAGACAGCAAGAGAAAGGAAUCCGAGGAGUUGUAA